AUGGCAACUCGUGGACAUGGCCACAGGCGAGGGAGAGGUACAAAUCGAAAUGAGGAACACGAGACAAAUGCAAACAACCCCGCAAACUUCAUGGUUGCCUUGGAGAAUAUGGUUGCGGCUAUGCAAGCCACGGCUGCUGCCUUAGGCAAUCAAGCUAACAAUGUAAAUGGAGGAAACGAGAAUAAUGGACCAAUGACAUUGUCAUCCUUUCUAAAGGUGUAUCCUCCAACCUUUAGAGGAACUACGAGUCCCACUAAAGCCGACAAUUGGUUUCAGGCAAUGGAACGAGCGUUGCAAGCUCAGCAUGUACCUGAAAAUCAGGCGACGAAGGGGUUAGAGCUGCUACAGCUGAAGCAAGAUUCUGUGACAGUGGCGGAAUACACUAGUAAGUUUGAGGAGUUAUGUCGGUUCUCGAUGAGUGAAAUUCUGACCGCUGUGGGGCCUAUGGAGGUCCGAAUCUUCUCCGAGUUGGUGAAUAAGAGCAAAGUUGUAGAGGAGUGCUUAAGGAAGGUUGUUAUGGAAAAGAAUGACUGUGGGGAUUUCUAUAGGAAUGGCCAAGGCAGAGAUCUUGCACCAAGAGGUCAAGACAGAGAUUUCACACCAAGGCGCCAAAACUUUAAGAGGAGUGGUCAUGCAUCGCAAUACUCAUAA